AUGAUUAUUGCUAUUCUAAUUGCAUUUUUUUUUUCAAACGUUAUGGAUUUCCUAAAUUAAACAGAAAUCAUCUUUUCACUUGAAACGAAGUUCUCCAUAAAUCCAGAUGAGAUGAUUUUGACAUCAUAAAAUUAUAUGGCAGCAUUUUCCAUAGAAUAAGUAGGAUAUGUACUCAACCCAUUCUUCAACAUCUCAAUAGAAUAAAGGUAUUAUUUUAUUGAUUCAGACAAUACAUUCGAGAUGAAAACGGGAAGUUAAACAAAAACAUAACCUACAUCCCAUUGGAAGCUUGCACAUUAUCACAUUUCGAUCUUUUGUUGAACGAAUCAAAUAUCAAUUUCCAGGAGCAAUUCAAUUAGCUUGAUUUGUCAAAUUGGUUGUGUCCCAGGUACAUUAAUUGAAUAAAUUAAGAAAGGAUUUUUAAUUCAAACUUAGCGGUACAUAUUCUAGUUAGGAAUUUAACUUUAUCAAAAUUGUUGUGAAUGAUUGUUAAUAGAAUUAAGAGAAUGAAACAGGAUGGAAUCCAGUUUGUGCCUCAGAAUAAGCAAAAUAAUAACACCUAUAAAAGGAAGGAUAAUUUAAAUUUUAAAUUUAUUAAGUCAAUUCUGUUGUCAAUCCAGAUUAACCAAAGACUUAUGUGAGCUCAUAUUUGGAUGGAGAAAUGUACUUUACUUUUGUUCCAAAAAAGAUGUCCAGACAAGCCAACUUAUUUUACAGAAAAUAUAAAUUCUUUAAUGAUUUAUCACUAUUGCCACUAGAGUAUUCUUAAUGUAUAUACUAAUAAGGAACAUCCAUGAAGAGGAAGUUAUUGUUAGAGAGAACUCAGAUUAUAGAGAUUUAACAGAGCUAGGAAGGGAUACAGAUGACAAUUACGCAAUUAUUUAUUUGAGGAGAAGCUAAUUUACCGAGAUUGUCAAUAGAAGAUAUACUUAGAUAGGGGAACUUCUUUCUUAUUUAGGAGGUUUUCUAUAAAUAAUGAUAACUGGACUAGGGAUCUUCAUUAUGUACUAUAAUAAGGUUUAAAGUAUCAAUAUAGAGUAUAUUUAGUGCAGAUCGAACUAUCAAAUAAGCUAUAUAAUUUUAAGAUAAAUUCUGGGAAUGAGUAAAAUUAGAUGAGCAUAAUAAAACCUAGUUAAAUAUCGAAUGCAAAGAGUCUAUCAAUAUCUGUUGAAGACUCACAGAAUCAGAAUUUGAAUGAGAGUAUUGCUGAUGAGAAACAAAAGAAGAACUAUCUUAAGAAAGCCAUUAUUAAAUAGUUUUAGUAGUUGAAUCGGGUUAGUCUAUCAAUGAAGUUAAUCUUAAAUUAGAUGACUUUUGGAUUAUUGUUCAAUAAUAAUGAUUCGCAAUUUUUGACCAAGGCUAUGUACUUUAUAUUCGUAUUUUAUCAAUUUAGUAAUAAAGUGAAUAAUGACCUCAAUAUCCACGAUAUCCUUUACAAGAUAUAGGAAGUAUAGAAAUUGAAACAAGUAUUAUUAAGAAGAUCUCAAAUUAUUUUAUUUAAUUUCACUCCUAAGCCUCUGAUUACUCUGGAUGAUGAUUAUCAUUUGCCAAAUCGAAUGGAUAUUGAAGAGAAUUUAAGUGAUUUGGUCAAUUCGAACUUCGGAGAAAAUAGUGAAAAGAAUGAGAAGAAUGAGAAGAAUUUGUUCACUGAUUUGUACAAUGUAUAAUUGCUUAUAAAAUGAAGGCUUAUUUGGAGAUAAAGAAGGAAUUGGAGGAUGAGUCAAUGCCUUUUUGUUAGUUUUCAUUGAAUGCGUAAUUAGCCUUAGAAUUAGGGCCGUAAAUGCAGGAGAUCUUCAAGAAUUAGGAGUUGAUCGAGAAUCAGGAAAAGGUGGCAUACUCAGUUAUAUUAAAGUCUGUAAAUGAAUGA